AUGUCACAAGGGAAUACUGCUGAACACGACAAGGAGGUGAAGAUUUGUCUGAUUGGCUGCGAGAGGUCUGGGAAGACAACCAUUUUAAAUAUUUGGAAAGGCGAAGGUUUCGACUCAGUAUACAGCCAGACAGACGAGAUCAACUCGGUCCCCGUCAGUGUCAUUUUGGCGGACGGACGGCAUCUCACUGUACAAGUGUGCUCUACAUGCAAUGAAGUACGUUCAACAACUGAGAUGCAGUGCGAUUGCGCGGGCAAACAAAUAAAAAACUCGAGGACAACGGUCGACUCGUACAUAUCCGAUUGUUUAAUACACGUCUUUGUUGCUUCGAAGGAGGACAAGAACAAUUCGGGGUUUUUGAACGGCUUUUUGAACAGCCCAUUUUAUCGCAAAUCUACUCCAAAGGCAAGGUACUUGAUAGUGACAAAGGCAAAAGAAGAGGAUGCGUCAAACGGCGGACUUGUUGGAGUGUGUGAUACGUACCAUUUAAAGCGGUACGAUGUCGAUUGUCAAACAGACGGAAAUGUUUUGAUGGACAUACUGAAAGAAAUAGUAAAAGAGUAUGUCGGGGAGCAACCAGCACCUCCUCAAGAGAUCAAACCUGAAUCAACACAUGGUAAAAAGUGUUCUUGUGUAUUGUGUUAA